AUGACUUCUCGAAACGCAUUCUUUGCCCGAUUGUUCUUGGAAAACUAUUCAGAUUUAUUCAUUGUUUCAGACACAACAAAUCGAUAUAUUGUGUGUCAGAUUGAGGUGUGUUUGGGUGAUGAUCAGAUGGACAUGUCCCAUGUUCUCGUCAUUGCUCCUCUUGUCGUAUUUGCUUUGUUUUUUCUGACGGUUCUUGUUCUCCGUUCGUUUUUCCUAAUGAGAGAAGAGCAAAGAAGAGAUCGAAUACGAAGGGGUUGUCCAGUUGGAAGUAUGUCAAGUAAUGACACGGGGCUAGAAAUAUCGUGUAAUAACUACAACAACAACACUCACCAUCGAAACAAUCAUCAUUCAAAUAAUAACAAUCCAAAUCCACCCAGUUAUUAUGCUGAAGUAAUGGCAACCAGUUCAUCUGCUCUCUAUCCAGUUUAUGUGCCCCCUUAUGCGGCUCCGCUAAUGUCUUUACGGGAUCCAAGACAGUUUCAGGGAUUACCAGGUCUGGCAGCACCUCCUCCAUAUCCACCACCUCCCAGUUAUCACCAAAUUAGCAGUUUCCCGGAAUUGCCGAGUGCUCCACACGCAGUUAUAGAUGUUGCUCAACAACCAAGAAUUACAAAAACGCGUUUAGAAGUUACACCAGUCGAGUGA